GGUCAAUGUCAGAGCACAGGAAAUGCUUGAAUGCAGACAAUCCCCUCUUAGCAUGAACCACACGUGUGUCUUUUGUUUUAAAAUGCAUCUUUCACUUCCCGGCUGUUCACUGUAUGAGCGAGUUUCUGUCUUGAGGCAGGGGGCGCAGUAAAGUCUCAGACAGAAGACAACUACAAGACUUAUCUCUGUCACACAGCUUCUGGCCGAGCCAUCCGACUGCUGGUUUAUCUGCUCCGACACACACCCUCUCACUGGGGAAGUGUCACUCCGCACCCCCCCUCCACCUCCUCAUUCCUGCUGACUCCCUGCUCUCCUCUCUCGCCUCCUCGUCGCCUCGCUCCUCUCUGGAUGCCAGUAGCUUCUAGUCAUGGAGCAGACAACAGUCACACACCAACCCAGGUUGUCGGUCACCAACGACUCAGCAUCAGCAGAUCAAGAGGAGGAAGUGGGGGGCUUCACCGCAGGAAGUGAAGAUGACUCGAGGUCAAAUGAUGUCCCUGCAGCGACGGACCCGGUACUCACGCAGCCCGGCCUCGGCGUCACCACGACAACCAUCACCACCAUCACACAGACGGGAGGAGGCUGGAGCACAGGCCUGUUUGACGUCUGCGGAGACAAGACGACAUGUAUUCUCGGGGCUCUGGUGCCGUGUUGUUUGGACCUGAGUUUAGCUCACCAGUAUGGCGAGUGUCUGUGCAUGCCUCUGCUACCAGGAUCCACUUUUGCCAUGCGAGUUGGGAUCAGGGAGCGGUACAAGAUACGGGGAAGUGUGUGUGAGGACUGGACCACAGUGUGUUGCUGUUAUCCUCUGGCUGUCUGUCAGAUGAUCAGAGAGAUGAAGCGGAGGAUGAAGACACAGACCUAUCAUGUGUCCACCGCCCUCGAAUCCUCCUGAAGAAACUCUACACAGUCAAUGAAGCCUGUCCUUUUACUAUGCAACUGAGACCGGCGAGGGCCAGCUGAGACCACUCGUACUGUAUGAAUAGCACAAAAAAAAAAUCAAUACUAUAACAUUUUAAAUGCCCCUGGAGAUACCUUGGACAAUGAGUCAAGCCCAUCCUACAACAUUUAAAGAAGACUGGAAAGGACACACUUUGAUUAAUAGCAUAAACGGCAAAAAGAAUCACAGCUGUAACGUCUCAAUCAGUGUGCAGGGCUUAAAACAGCCUUGGAGGUUGUUAUACUCUGACUGAAACCUGCAUUUAAACUGCUGUUGGACCGUUCUGGAGAAGAUAUUGUGCAGGUAACAAUAUUCUGCUCUCCUUGCAGAGGCAGAGACACAUCAACUCCCCGCAUUCUGAGACAGGAGAGAAGCAGGUGGCAAGGCGCAUGCUUAUUUGGUUUCAGUAGCUGUCACUGUCAGCAAACAGCACUAAACAUCUGGCACAACUCUCAGUCACACACCGGAAACUUUCAGAAAGCAGACAGCUUUUUAAAAUUCUGAAUAUGUUUAUAUGCAUGCAGCUUGUUCUAUCUCAACCCCAGAACAGGCAGUGCUCCAACUACUGAAACUGACGUAGCUUUUUUGAUCAUCUUCAUCAGGGUAUAACCAUAAUCUGAGCCAUUAAACCCAGUUUGUACAUGUUGUUGAACAUUUUGAUUCGUUGAGGCAUGAUUGCAUCAUUGGCAGAUUUCUGUAAAAGUCUGAAAUAACAUUUUCUUGGUCACCACUAGUAGCAUAGAGUAGGUUUUAAGUUGGCAGCAUAAUCAUUCUAAACGGGCCCCUUUGUAUUUCCUGUUGCAAUGAUUCUUAAUACAGUAGCUGACAGGAAACAAACAGGGGCCAAAGCUGUUUCUGUGGCAACAGAAUAGCAAUGAAAAGAUCCAUCUUUAUUUGAAACAUCAGUCUGAGAAACUUCUGCGGCCACUUUUGUUUGUGCCGCUCACAAAGAUAAAAACUUAAAAGCUGUCUGUCUGUGCUGUGGAUAUUCAGCGAAGCUCUCUGACUAUUCAUAGGGACAAUUUCUCCAGUAGAAAGUGGCACAAAUGAAGUGAAUGUGAUUUGGGUGAACCAGCCCUUUCAUUUUGUCUCGCACUCCAAAGGUCACCAGACGUUGUGUUCGGUCCCUCACAGACGCACGGGGAAGAUGAAGUGAUUAAACAUAAAACUUUCUAGACCUUGAGGCACACAUCGUGAAACGGGGACAUAACUCAACAUCAGGGACAAUAUCUAUAAAUCAGACUGUUAAAUCUCAUGUUCAGCAUCAUGUUUAAAUCCAAGCAAAGCCUGAGAGGCACAGAGAAGCCCAGUCAGCUGUGUUUGAUAUUAGCCGUCAUUUGGUUUUCAAAGGAUUUCGAGAGUUGUUUUAUUUAUUUGUGAGCCGGUCCUUUCAGUAUGCAGAACCACUUGUCUGAUUACCCGGCAAACAGGCUGCGGCAUAGCUCCGAUUACUGUCAACAGUUCAAGUACAGUCUGAUGAUAAUAAAAGGCCAUUUCCAUAUUUCUGAUAUUCUUUUAUCCUUCUGUUUCUUAGUUCACCUCAGGCGUUCAAUCUUAUUAUUAAUCCAGCCUUGAUUGCUGUGGUUCCCUGAACCCCCAAAUGCCAACCAGAGAGAGCGGAUGUGGAAAAUGUUAUUUCGACACAAAGUUGGUCGGGUCCUCAAAGGGCAAAUGUGUAAUUUGUUAACUCUCACUGAUGUGGGCCCCUACCUGCAGCUGCCUCAAAUGAAAUGGGGGAAAAGAGAAAGCUGGUUUGGUGUCGAGAGAUGUGAAUAAUAACAUUUAAUCAUAUUUUGCAUACUGUACAGUACACUGCACAUUUAAAGGACUUAAUCUGCCAAAUGAAAAUAAAUAUUUUUGAAUCAUUGCAACUCUGCAUAAGUUUAUCUCUUAUAUCGUUUUUUUUUUUUUUUUUUGAGUGCAUUGGAAGUCCUCUUCCUCAUAGUGUUGUGUCAUUCGCAAAUGAAUCGUUCAAAAGAACGAAUCUGUUGAGUGAACGUAAUGAACUGAAUCACUUCCAGAACAGAUUUGUUCAUUUCUCAGUUCAGUUGAGCUCAGCAGCGAGCGUGCAGGCCAGAGGUGGAACUGCCGAUUUGGUCCGUGCAAACGAUGAAUCACUCUCGAGUCGCGAGGCAGCCAGGGUGCAGGGAGGAACUGCCUACCGCAUGAUGAAUAACUCGGUGAACGAAUCACUCGGUGAACGAAUCACUCGGUGAACUACGUAACCCAGAUCCCUGUGUGAUUCAAAUCAUUUCUUCUUAGCGAUACACUUUCAUAGGGACCGUUUUCUCCAAGCUAACGGCUAAUGUAGCCAGGAGUCAAGCCACAUGAACACAAUCACACACCUCCCCAUUGUUUUAACAGACUUAGUUUCCAGAUAAACAAACUUAGAAUGCAGGGCAGACGCAGCAGCAGCUCAGCCGUGUAUCAGUUCAGUGAGUCGGACUAUGCAGUACACAGUCAGGGCUCCUCCCGCCAAGCACUGAACGAUUCGGUGAACGAAUCUUUUUAAUGAACUGAUUCUAGUGAUUCAGUAACAUCUAAAGAACUGCUUUGCCCAUCACUACUUCCUCAACCAACAGCGUGUUAUUCAAGUGAAGACAAAUAGAGUGUCAGAACGGCAGACUAAUGCUUCUUAUGUAAAGGUGA